GCCGACAAUGCGCAGAUCAAUGGCCGCCGCAGUAGCAAACGCAGCACAGCCUAGCCUCAUAUACCGCAAGACAGAGUUCAAGGUGCACGCCUGUCAACCUACCUUGGUCUGGCGACCCGGUCCUACGGUCUGGAUGCAUUUGCUACAUCCUUGGCCAAAUGUUGAUCGCCGUGGAUGGACGACAGCUCGUCGACCGUACUAGCGUAACUAGGCAACAGCUAGCGCAAACGGUGUGCAUGCUCGUAACGAUGCUCCGAGCGCGGUUCGUCAAGUUCAACUGCGUAUUGUCUAUGUCGACUGACGAACAUCCCGCGCAACAUUGCUUGACUCCUCUUUCUCACACUGGACUGCUCAAGCACUGGGGCACUGCUCUUGGCUUUCAGAUAACUGUCUACAUUGUGCUACAGACUGCUUGUUUAUUCUGCCAUGGCUGUGUAACACCUGUUGUUCAUAUCGCCUUGCAACCUGACCUUGCUCAUGGCCACCAUUUUUCGUCAGGGUGGUCAAGGCUGCCCUCUCGGGCGAGCUGGGGUCGUCUUGUGUCAUGUAUCGUCUCGGUACUGAUCAGUUCUAGUCGGUGCAGCUGUCAUGACACAGCAGUUGUGAUUGUUGAAACGGGUGUUCAGCGUGAUGAGCGGGAAUGCAACGAUCACCGGGCGACAUGCGUUCAGCGUCCAACGACAGUGGCGCUGCGUGGUGUACUGCAUUGAACCGAAGUCCUUGCAACGAUCGUCUAGAAGGCCCAGGUUCGUGACCAAUGCGUUCUGUCCGCAGCCAUCGUUGGCGACUGCGCCCCCUCCAGCAUUCACAACUGCUCUGCGCAUGGGCCCGUACUUAUGAAGGGUUCCG